AUGUGAAUUAUUAAAAAAGAAAAAUGGCCCAACGGAGCACAGCAUUUCCUUCUCUUGUCACCAAGGAAAGGUAUAAUAUAUGGAAAAUAUGCAUCUAAGGCGAGUCCGAACCAUGCCCCGACACAGCCAGUCCCUGACCAUGGCCCCCUACUCCUCCGUGAGCCUAGUGGAGCAACUGGAGGACAGGAUCCUGUGCCACGAGAAGACGACCGCGGCCCUCGUGGAGCACGCCUUCCGCAUCAAGGACGACAUCGUCAGCAGUUUGCAGAAAAUGCAGAACAAAGGGGGAGGCGACCGGUUGGCCAGGCUCUUCUUGGAGGAGCACAUCAGAAACAUAACUGCCAUCGUGAAGCAGCUCAAUCGGGACAUCGAGGUGCUCCAGGAGCAGAUCCGUGCCCGGGACAAUAUUAGCUAUGGAACGAAUUCUGCCUUAAAGACUCUGGAGCUGCGUCAGCUGUCCGGUUUGGGGGAUCUUCGAGGGAGAGUGGCAAGAUGUGACGCCAGCAUAGCCAGACUCUCCGCAGAGCACAAAACAACCUACGAGGGGCUUCAGCACCUGAACAAAGAACAGCAAGCGGCCAAACUCAUCUUGGAAACAAAAAUCAAAGACGCGGAGGGACAGAUUUCUCAGCUUUUGAACAGAGUGGACUUGUCAAUGUCAGAGCAGAGCACCAAACUGAAGAUGUCCCACAGAGACAGCAACCACCAGCUCCAGCUCCUGGACACUAAAUUUAAAGGUACAAUUGAGGAACUCAGCAACCAGAUUUUAUCUGCACGGAAUUGGUUGCAACAGGAACAAGAACGGACAGAAAAAGAGCUUUUACAGAAAAUUGACCAGCUUUCCUUGGUUGUUAAGGAAAAUAUUGGAGCCAGUGAAAGGGACAUGGAGAAGAAGCUCGGCCAGAUGUCAGCCAGACUGGACAAAAUAGAAGAGAGUCAGAAGAAGCACAUGGAAGUGCAGAGAACAAAACAAGAUGAGGAGAAGGUGCACGGGCGACUCAGCAAGCUGGAGCUGCAGCUGAGUGAGGACAUGAAGGACAUGAAAGCAGAGGUUGACGCUGGGUUUACAGCCAUCUAUGAAAGCAUAGGAUCCCUCAGGCAAGUUCUCGAGGCCAAGAUGAAACUGGACAAGGACCAGCUACAGAAGCAAAUCCAACAGCUGCAGAAGCCGGAAGCGCCCAUGUGAAGGGAGCGGGGACAAGGACGUCAGGGUGGUUUCGCCAGUGGGUCUGGGAGCCGGAUACCUCUGUAGCCAGGUUGCCGUGGCAUUUGGGGUUGUUCUGUUUAUGGUGUGCAUGUGCCAAGAGAUGUGUCCUCAUGGGUCUACAUGUUUACCUUGAGUCUUGAAAACACUCUGUCUUUAAAAGUAUUAAAUACAAAUUUUACCACUUUAUUCCACUCCUCUAAAUUCAGUGGGAUAUCCUUUCUUCCUCCCCAAUUUGGAAAGGCUUUAUGAAGGUUUAUCUCCUUCAUUUUAUGGAUGAAAAGACUUAAUUUUCCUUCGAUGCUGGGGCUCUAGCCAAGACCUUACUAUUUUGAAAAUGUCAUGGUGAUUUUUUAAAUUAAGAAACUAAUGAAUUGCUACAGAAAUGUGUUGCUCCUCACCCUAAAUUAAGAGAAAGUCCUGAUGGAUUAGAAUUCAACCUUUGAGUCCCUAUUUGGAUUUUAUUAUUGUCUGUGCAUUUCUUACAUUGGUUAUCUUCUUGUAAAUCUUCUGUCUUUUGUAGGGGGAAGGGACUUAACAUUU